AUGGAUGUUAUCAAUGAGGUUGAAAAAGUUUGGAAUUUAUGUCGAAUUCAAACGAGUGAAAAGAAAAAUUCUGUCUUAAAAAUUAUCAAACUUCAUUCAAAAUGGAAGCUGUUGCAAAAAAAUCACAAUCGGAAAAAUUCCAAGUCUCAGAAAAUUCGAGAAAUGAAAUUUAAAAGCAAUCUUGACGAGCUUUUUGACAUUGUCUCUCACAGUAAAGCUUAUUGUUUAACUCAAGACCAGCAAAAUUUUAUAAAUAAUCAAAAAAAUAAACCACGUCGUAGUGUUGUUGGAGAAUUUAGUCAAGAAAAUUUUAUGGAAACGGAAGAUAACAUGAUUGUUUCUCAAACAAGUCAACUAUCGGAUAAAUCAAUUGCUUCUGACAAUGCAAGAUCAGAAAAAUCUUCUUCGUCUUAUACGCCAGAUAAUUGUCAAAGAGAAGAUAGUGACGAAGAACAAUCUAAAAAAAUAAAUGUUUUAAAUCCAGAACUGGUGACUGCUCUUGAUCGAACCAACACGAGUAGUCGUGACGCUGCUAUUAUUUUAAAAGCUGCAGCAAAAGCUUUUGGAGUUUCACCAAAAAAGACAACUCUGAGUAAAAGUGUGAUUCAUAGGAAAAGGAUUGAAAUUAGAAAAAACAUAGCUACAGAAAUAAAAAAAAAACGCAAGUUUCCAUCAUCCUUAGUACUUCACUGGGAUGGAAAAUUACUCCCUUCGAUAAGCACUCAUAAAAUAGUCGACAGACUAUGUGUUGUUGUAACAGGAUAUAAUACAAAUCAAUUACUCGAGGUAUCUGAACUCGUUUCCGGUACUGGAAAAAAUCAAGCUGAUGCUAUUAUCAAAAGUUUGAACGACUGGAAUAUUUCAAAACAAAUAAAAGCUAUGUGUUUUGAUACCACAAGCACUAAUACUGGAUGUGAAAAAGGAGCAUGUAUUUUAUUAGAAAAUUCCUUGAGUGAACAAAACUUACUGCAUUUAGCCUGUCGCCAUCAUAUUUAUGAAUUAAUUUUACGAAGUGUUUUCGAGAAUUGUUGGUCGGAGAAAACAAUUGGUCCUGAUGUGAAAAUAUUUAAACGCUUUCAACAGCUUUGGGAUACUAUUGAUGUAAGUCAAUAUGAAACUGGAUUACAAAAAAAGUCGAUGGUUCAGGCAUUAAAUGGAAAGACGGAAGCUAUUUGUGACUUUAUAUCAGACCAACUAACGUUCAAGCAUCCGAGAGACGACAACCGAGAGCUUUUGGAAUUGUCAUAUAUAUUUUUAGGACGUACACCACCUCGGGGGGUUCACUUUCAACGACCUGGAGCAAUGCACCAUGCAAGGUGGCUAUCGAAAGCAAUAUACAGCCUUAAAAUAUACUUAUUCAGGAAACAAUUUAAAAUCGAAAAACAUGAAAUUAAAAAAUUCGAAGAUAUUUGUCUAUUUGUCGUAAUUUUUUACAUACAAUCAUGGUUUACAGCAACCUCGGCGAUAAAAGCACCUUAUAAUGAUUUAUUGUUAAUGCAAAGCUUAAAUCGUUAUAAAGUAAUAAAUAAUACGGUAGCAACAGCAGCGUUAUCAAAGCUCAAAUUACACCUAUGGUAUUUGUCUGAAGAUCUAGCAGGAUUUUCUUUUUUUGAUCAAUCAAUAUCCUGUGAUAUUAAAUUAAAAAUGGUCCAAGCAAUGACGACAGUAGAAGAAAACUUAGAAAACCGACCACGAUUGAAGUUAAGUGACGAUGACAUAGACCAGAUAGUGUCAAAAGAUAUCAGUAAUUUCAUCACAAAGCGAUCAGUAUUUAUGUUUGAACGUUUUGAAUUAAAGACUGAUUUUUUAAACGUACACCCUCAAUUGUGGGAGAAUAAUAUGAGCUUUCAAGAAGGAUUAAAGUUUGUUGAGCAAUUGCAAGUCGUCAAUGACAUAGCUGAACGACAUGUAGCUAUGACCAAAAAGUACAACGGAUUUCUUACAAAAAACCUAGAACAACAGCAGUAUCUAUUUCAAAUCAUUCAUCAAAACCGCAAAGAAUAACUUGUACUCCAACCAUAAAAAUAAUAAUGAUUAAAAAACUAUAAUUGUAUUUAAGUUUAAAUGUUAUUUAAAAAAAUAAAU